GUUAAACAGUCUUAAAAGGUAUGCCGGCAGUUCGUGUUUGGCAUUUAAGGGAAUAGUUCUGGCGUUUGUAUCCCAAAAAAAGUUGCGUGUAUUUUUUAUUUGGACAUUAUUUUGGCAAUAAUUUUAAUGAUAUAAAUGGAAAAAACCAUUACCAAAAUGGGCCGUUACGUAGUGUUCGAUUGUGAUGUCGGCAACGAUGAUGCAUGGGGUCUGAUGAUGCUCAUCAAAGCUGAAGAAGCUUUUAAAAGACGUGUUGAACUAACGGAUUCUCCAGCAAAGUUUGAAAUCAUUGGCAUUACAUGCGUGCAGGGAAAUAGCAAUGUCGACCAAGGUGUAAUAAAUACACUCAGAGUGCUGAAGGCAGCCAAUAGAGAGGAUUUACCGGUAUAUAAAGGUUGCAGUGCACCAAUCAUACAAAAUCGUUGGGAGAACCCUGGAAAUUAUCAUGGAAAGGAUGGGUUCGGUGAAGUGCAGCAUAAGACGCCAGUCAAUUUAGAUCUGGUGCGUCCGGAACAUGCAGUCAAUGCGAUGUACGAUUUUGUUUGUAAGCACCCGAAAAAUGUUGACUUCUUGUUGAUGGGUCCACUUACCAACUUUGCCAUGUGUAUCAAUAUGUAUGGUUCAGAGUUCUUAGAUAAAGUUGGUAAAAUUCAUAUUAUGGGUGGCAACCACAAAGGCAGAGGCAACACAACAAAAAGUGCCGAGUUCAAUUUCAAGAUGGAUCCUGAAGCUGCACAUAUUGUUUUAGCUCAUGUAGAUUGUUCAAUAACAAUAAUUCCUUGGGAAACUUGCAUCGAGGGCGAUUUUGAUAUAACACUUGAUUGGCGUUUGAAUGUCCUCGGUUCGAUUCAGAGUCCUUUCAUCGAAUUGCUGAAUCUUGUGGAGCGUGCUAUUUUUAUACCCAAAGGUGUUAAACACUGGCUGGUUUCUGAUGCUGUAGCCGUCGCAACCUAUCUAUUUCCACAUUUGAUGGCAAAGCAGAGCCGACUCUAUCACGCAACCGUUGAAUUGACUGGCAAUCACACACGUGGUCAAAUGGUUCUCGAUCACUUGAAACAGCAAAAGGAUAAUGUGAAUAUUAUUAUGGAAGUGGAUGGUGAACAAUAUAAAAAUAUUAUUGCGUGGACCGCGGGACUGAGUGGUAUAGAUAUGGCCUCGGAGUUAGCUAGAGUUUCGUAGUAUAAAUUUGAGACACAUGCACAAGAACUGGUUGUGUACUUAUAAAGUUGGUUAAAGAGUUGUUUUAUUGCUAAAUAUAAUACUUCAGUAGAUCUUUGCGUUUUAAAAGAAUUUUUUGACAAUAUGUACAUAUGUAGUUUUCUAAAAAGUAUAAUGUGUAUAUAACUGUAUUUAUGAAGUUUUCAGUAUUUAAGUGUCUUACUUCAAAAUCUUUAAAACAAAUAUAUAUAGUUUAUGCUUUACUCUCGUCAUGGAAGCUUUAGUU